CGUUGCGGCUCGCAGGUGUGACAUGCUCGCAUACGCCAUUUUUAAAAGGAGCUCUCAGUCGCUAAUCAGCAGCCGCGCGGCAUACUUGCGAGAGUAACGUUGGUUGAAGUAGCGGCCUUAUCGUUGACGAGACUUUGCAAAAAAAAAAGAAAAGAAAAGAAAAAUAACUCCUCACAUUUAUUUCAUAUCGAAAUCGCAAGUGAGAACAUAAUAGGGUGAGAUUUGGGUGAUGCAUUUCACGAUGACAACGGCGUGACUUGUGGAGCGUACGAAUCGGUGUACCGAAGUGCGUCGUCGAUAGUUCCUUUAUUUGUUGCGAUUUGGAAUUUUGGUCAGUGGUCGUCGCUGUAGGUACGAAUCGAGUCUGGUACUCUCCUCAAACUGCGCGAUUUGGAAAGAGAAGGGAGAUAGAUAGUGAAAGAAGGACAGAGGCAAAUAUAUUGAGAGAGAGAGAGAGAGAGAUAGAGAGAGAGAGAAAGAGAGAAAGAGAGAAAGAGAAGAAAAAAAGAAGCAGACAGCAGAGAAACAGAGAAGUACCAUUGCUAGAGAGAAAAAAAGAGGCAGCAUGUCCAGUGCGCCGCAAGUUUCCAGCGGGCUUAGCAAGCUGAAAAAAAAACAUUUUCGGGUUAAACAUCAAAAGGUUAAACUCUUUCGUGCCAACGAGCCGCUUCUAAGCGUCUUCAUGUGGGGUGUCAAUCAUACGAUAAAUGAACUUAGUCAUGUUAAUAUACCGGUAAUGCUUCUACCAGAUGAUUUCAGAGCUUAUAGUAAAUUAAAAGUAGAUAAUCACCUUUUUAACAAAGAAAACAUGCCUUCUCAUUUUAAAAUCAAAGAGUAUUGUCCAUUGGUAUUCCGUAAUUUGCGUGAAAGAUUUGGGAUAGACGACCAGGAUUAUAAAGAGUCUAUGACAAGGUCACAACCUGUACUCGAUGAUUCAUCGGGUAAAAGUGGUGCUAAAUUUUAUCAAUCCUAUGAUAAAUUAUUUAUUAUUAAAACUCUUACAAGUGAAGAAGUCGAAAGGAUGCACUCAUUUUUAAAACAUUAUCACCCAUAUAUUGUGGAACGACAUGGCAAAACCUUACUACCACAAUACCUUGGGAUGUAUCGAUUAACGGUGGAUGGCGUUGAACAUUAUGUUGUUGCUAUAAGAAAUGUCUUUUCUAAUCAUUUAACGACGCACAAAAAAUUUGACUUGAAAGGUUCCACUGUAGAUCGUGAAGCAUCCGAUAAAGAAAAGGAAAAGGAUCUCCCUACAUAUAAAGAUAAUGAUUUUGUCAAGGAAGGAAUGAAAAUUUACAUAGGAGAAGAAGCGAAAACAAAACUCAUAGAAACUUUAACUGCUGAUGUUGAUUUUCUAACAAGAUUACACUUAAUGGAUUAUUCCUUAUUACUUGGUCUACACGAUUGCGCUCGUGCGGAACAAGAAAAUAGAGAACGUGCAGAAAGGGAAGAAGAUGAAGAUAAUCACGACGAGGAAGAUGAUAGUGAGUCUGGUAGUGGAUUAGAUUCAAGAGGUCCAAUGGGAGAUCGACUUUGGGGUUGGAGUGGGGUUACAGGCAUGGCUACGCCGCCAGAAUCACCUCAUGCAGCUUUAGUGCGUGAUGCGAGCCUUCAAUAUGAGGAUACAAUAAUACCCGAAUUAGAUAUAUAUGCUAUUCCCAGUAAAGAAGGUGCCCCUACGAAAGAAAUAUACUUUUUAGCCAUAAUCGAUGUAUUAACACAUUAUGGUGUACGCAAACAAGCUGCAAAAGCAGCUAAAACGGUAAAGUACGGUGCCAAUGUGGAUGGUAUAUCAACGUGUGAUCCUGAACAGUAUGGCAAACGAUUUAUAGAAUUUAUGAGUAAAGCCAUAGAAUAAUUUUAAUAUUUUUUAUUAUGAUAGAACAUAUGUAAAGAUGCAUAAAGAAUUUAAGAAUCGUGAAGGUACUACUACUGCUUGUACUGUUAUGCUAGUAAAAUAUGACUAUGAGGAAUAUUAUUGAAAGGUUUCACUAGAAGUAAAACUCGCUUACAGAUGCGACCAACAACACCAAGUGCAGCCUUUAAAAUGCGGGUUAGAGUAAAACAUCAUUUUUUUUUCUCUGCACAAUUUAAAAUGGUAAAUUUAUUCUUAACCGAUAUUUAUCGGCACAUUAUUUUUGUCAUGUUAAAUUACUUUAACUGUUGAAUUUUUGCACGAACUUUCUACGUCAUAUGAUUCAAAUUAUUCUUAAGCUUAAGCUUAUUUUUUGACUGAGUCCGUGCUUUAACUAAUAUGGUUAUGUUUAUAUAUUGUAUGUACAGAGAUUUUUAGAGAAAGCAAGAGAGAGAGAGAGAGUGAAAGAGAGAGAGCGAAAGAGAGAGAGAGAAAGAAAAAGAAAACUUUAAAACAUAGUUUUUUCAUCUACUUUUAAUCCACUAAUUUUAUAAAUGAGUAACAAUAACGUCGGAUAGAACAUUCAAUAUAGUUUAUAGAAUAAAAAAGUUAUAAUCAAAUAUGUGACGCAUAGAUUUAAAUUCUAAUUGUUUAUGUGUGUAUCACGUGUAUUCCAUUAGAUGGAAUAUACUUAUAAACAAUAAUAAGGGCAAGACUAUAAAAUGUAAAUGUUAAUUUACCGUCAUUGGUAUUACAUAAAUGCUUUACAAAAGCUAUGGUAAUUAUUGUAAAAGGCAACGGAAUUAAUGGUAUUAACAAAUUAUAGAGAAAAAAAUAUUCAAAAAUAAUGUUGAUGUUAUAUGUAAUAGUACUUGGGAAGAGUACAGUUAUUCUGCAUCGAGACUUUUCAAUUGAGUCUAAAGAAAUCAAUGAAACGAUCUUAGGCGUUUUUGAUUUCAUCGUUGCAGGAUUGAGAGAGUGAGAACGAAAAUAUUUAAAGUAAAGACAUACGAUUGGAUAUUAUAUUCAAUAUAUAUUUUAUUCCAAUAAUGCGUUUUUCAUUUUGGUAGUAUAACAAAGAGAAUAUAAAAUAAUAUAUGUGCAAAAAAUAAGAAGGCUUACAAAUAAAAUACAUAUAUAAAUAUUAUAACAAAACUAAGUAAAUGUUAUAAAAUCUGUAAAUCUGUAAUUUCGGUUAUACAUUGUAUAUUGUGAAGCGAAUUUUAUGUUCAGAUGCAACAUAUUCACUUAUAGCUCGUCGGAAGUCUAAUAGGGAACAAAAUCAAUUGUAUGUACCUAUGAUGCGUGCGAUAUAUGUUUCCUUGAAUUUUUAGCAUUGCUUAUCAUAAGGAAAUUGAUGCCGUGAUAAAGCAUCAUUGUUGUGUACGGAUAGUCAUUAUUGCAGUUAUACACCUUUUGCUUUAAGUAAUUUUAAUGCUAUUUUUGCAAGUUUGUAAGAACAGUAACUGUUAGCACAAGAGAUUAUACUCUACAAUCCUUUAAGCAUAAAUUUAACUAAUAUUUUACUUACAUUUUUUCCAGUACGUGUCGUUUCCUAGUUCUUUCAUAUUUGAUAUAACUAUAUAUUAUAUCUAUUGCAUGAAGGGAAGUGCACCGUUGCAUAAGACUAUCUUUAGACGAUCUAAUAAUCUAACUUUUAUAAUUUGUUAGGAUUGAUAACGAUAUAACGACUAAUUACUUUACCAAUUAAGGUAUUCAUCUAGUCUCGAUACUUUAUAUGAUUUUAUACAUUGUAAGCACAUUAAGGAGGUAGGAGGUAACAAAAUUGAAUCAUAUUUGACAGUAACUACAUUAUAUUACAGUAUCAGUUAAUAUGAUACGUUCAAUCUGUAGCAUAUAAAAAUUGUAUCAUAUAUACAAGGUGUCUGAAGUUUUUCCAGCUUAAACAGUGUCUGCGCAUUCUAUGCACGAAAAUUAAAUAAAAAUGUUAAAUGUUAAAAACCUUCAGAAAGCCUGUAUAUAUUUAAUUAAAUUUUUAGCUUCUUUUAUUAUAAUGGCACCAUUUUACAAAAAUGUUUACUGCAAAUAUGCUUCUACAAAUUACUGCUCUAUAAGAUUUUUUCCAUACUCUUUUUUCUAUGAUAUAUUUCACAUAUAACUUGCAAAGUACUUUGUAUUUAAAUUAUAUUAAUGAAAAAACUAUUGCAUUAAUAUAAUACGUUAAAAUUGACCUUUUCGUAAGUGGCAUUGUGUAAAAAUUAUGUAUAUAUUCAGUAUUUUGUUGAUGGCAAUAUAUCUCAAGUUUUGUUAUUAUAAUUGUACUAUUCACUUACAAUGUCUGUUGUAUAAGCUUUGGGGAAAUAAGUGGAUACCUAAAAUCCAUUAAACUCGAAUAAAGACACAUUAUUAAAAAAGAA